GCGCUGGAUAAUUCCCCAACUCCCUCUACUCUGUCACACUCGUUUCGGUUUUCUUGCCAGUCCGUCUCUCUCUCUCUCUCUGACUCGAUUCUUUCAUUCUCUAUUUUUGACGUUUUCUCGGCGCAGAUCUUUUUCUGUAUCUGUCUGCAUCUCCCUCUCCGGCGCGAAUCUCAUUUGGUCUCUGAAUCUCCACCGUCCGAUGCUUGGACUUUGACUAGGUGGCGAUCUUGGCCUGCCUCGUAGCUAAGUAGCUAACCACGAUGGGGCAGUGCUACGGGAAGACCAUUCCCCGCGAAACCGAUGGCGCCACUACCGUCGUGACGGUCGGCGGCGGCGAUCGUCCUCAGUCACCGUUGCCGUCAUCGUCGACCUAUGGAAACGGCGCUGUCAACGUGCCGUCCGUCAAGAACACGCCUGGACGAUCCUCAUCUACCAGUCCCUGGCCGAGUCCCUAUCCUUACGGCGGGGCCAGUCCACUCCCGGUCGGAGUGUCGCCGUCUCCGGCGAGGUCGACACCCUGGCGAUUCUUGCAGCGGCCGUUCCCGCCUCCAUCGCCGGCCAAGCUCAUCAAAGCUUCGCUGGUGAAACGGCUUGGCACAGCGAAGCCCAAGGAAGGUCCGAUCCCCGAGGACGGUACUGAGGUCGAACAGACGCUGGAUAAAAGCUUCGGUUAUGCGAAGAAUUUCGGCGCCAAGUAUGAAUUGGGCAAGGAGAUAGGGCGAGGGCAUUUUGGUCAUACGUGCUCUGGCAGGGGCAAGAAGGGAGAGCUCAAAGAUCAAACUCUGGCAGUGAAGAUCAUUUCAAAAGCAAAGAUGACUACAGCAAUAUCCAUUGAAGAUGUUCGUAGAGAGGUGAAAAUAUUGAAAGCUUUAUCUGGGCAUAACCACCUGGUUAAAUUUCAUGAUGCAUGUGAGGACGCCAAUAACGUAUACAUAGUAAUGGAGUUGUGUGAAGGUGGGGAGUUACUAGAUAGAAUUUUAUCGAGAGGUGGAAGAUACUCUGAAGAAGAUGCUAAAGCCAUUGUUGUGCAAAUUUUAAGCAUUGUUGCAUUUUGUCAUCUUCAAGGUGUUGUGCACCGUGACUUAAAGCCAGAGAAUUUUCUUUUCACCUCAAGAAAUGAAGAUGCUGACAUGAAGCUUAUAGAUUUUGGUCUUUCUGACUUCAUCAUACCAGAUCGAAGGCUUAACGAUAUUGUUGGAAGUGCAUACUAUGUUGCACCUGAAGUUCUGAAUAGGUCUUAUGGUCUUGAAGCAGACAUUUGGAGUAUUGGUGUCAUAACAUAUAUAUUGCUAUGUGGAAGCCGCCCUUUCUGGGCAGAAACAGAAUCAGGAAUCUUUCGUUCUGUACUAAGAGCUGAUCCUAUUUUCGAUGCUGUGCCCUGGCCAUCAGUGUCACCAGAAGCUAAAGAUUUUGUGAAGAGGCUAUUGAACAAGGACUACAGGAAGAGAAUGACGGCUGUUCAAGCUCUAACUCACCCUUGGUUGCGGAAUGAAAAUCGUCCCAUUCCUUUAGAUAUAUUGAUCUACAAGUUAGUCAAGUCAUACCUACAUGCGUCUCCAUUCAAACGUGCUGCACUAAAGGCUCUCUCAAAAGCUUUAACAGAAGAUGAGCUGGUGUAUCUUAGAGCUCAGUUCAGGCUGUUGGAACCAAGUGGAGAUGGGCGCGUCUCUCUAGAUAAUUUUAGAAUGGCUCUUGUUGGAAAUGCAACAGAUGCCAUGAAGGAGUCGAGGGUUCUUGAUAUUCUAAUCAUGAUGGAACCUCUUUCAUACAGAAGCAUGGACUUCGAAGAGUUCUGUGCCGCUGCAAUCAGCACGCGUCAACUGGAGGCCCUUGAAGGGUGGGAGCAGAUAGCAUCUGCAGGUUUUGAGCAUUUUGAGCAGGAGGGUAACCGGGUGAUAUCAGUCGAGGAAUUGGCAGGGGAACUGAAAGUCCGGCCUUCAGCUCAUUCAGUCCUCAGAGACUGGAUUAGGAAUUCUGAUGGAAAACUCAGUUUGCUUGGGUAUACGAAAUUUCUGCAUGGUGUGACAAUCCAAAACACAAGCACAAGACGCAAUUAAUUUUCUAGCUUUGCCAUAUAAUUCCUUAAAAUUCAUAGGAAUGAAAGGAUUUGCAGUGUUUCCCCUGGGGAGAAUGGAGGGGAAGUGUAUAGAUGAGUGAGUCAAACCAGCGCUGAGGCUGCUGGGGCAAUUUCAAAUUGAAGUAUUAUUCCUUUCCCAUUCCCUAUUUUUUGCGUAUCCAAGAUUUAUUUGGGUUUUGAGUUUUAGUGCAAAUACUCGGUGAGUUCAGGGAGGCUGAAAGAGAUAGGGAGUUCAGAAUUGUAUGUUCCUGGCAAUCACUGUUCUUUGCCUUGUUUUGUUUUGUUUUGUAUUUUUUCUUUUAUCUUUUUUUUUUUUUUUUUUUUUCAAUUCAAUAGUUGUUGACAUGUACAUUGGUUAUAAAUUGUCGAGAUUAUAGGCCAAGAUAAUAGGACAAAGAAGAAUUUUUGCUAAA